CAUGUAAUUUUUGUGAUCGGAUCGGAGGACUAAGACGAGUUGGUAGCCAGUGAACCUUAAAGCAAAUUGUUUACUAAAAGAUCUGAGAGUGAAAAGUCCCUUCGAGUCUCAACCACUUUUGCUUUUCCGGCGUCAGCAAGGAGUAGAAGUCCCUAGCCACUAAAGGCUAAAUCUUCGACACUGACGUUCUACUUUGCAUGGUCUAUGAUCGAUAGCCGUAUAAAGUAUAUCCAGCUGCACCGUGGGUUUAAGGUUGUUCUAAUUUCCUAUCAAACAGCCAAGUAAAAUCAAUCGAAGCUACGAAUUCUAAGGAAGUUGCCAAGAUUUGUUCUUCAAAAACUAUCCAACUUCUCUAAGGACCGUUCCGAAAUGCCUUACUUGAGCUUGGUCGUAUCUUUCGUAACCGUACUGACUUCCUCAAAAUAUCAAGUAACGGACGAGGCAAAUACAUCAGAACAAGCUCCAUGUGUUUACAUGGUUUCCGAAGAAGAAGUAUACAAUCUCACGAGUUUAGCAAACAUCAAUCACAAACCUAGAUUUCGAACAGAAAGCCGCGGUGGUUAUAGGUACAGCUACAAUCCAUGCUUCUCUUUCAAGCUAGGGCCAAAGAAAGAAAGCUCAUGUCGCUCUAAUGUUGCGAUUUGUCGAUGGGUUGAAGGUCAUGAAGAUUCCUACGUGAAUAUUGGCCAUCAGAGCUCAAUGCAUUUCGAUGGAGAAGGUAAAAUUCCAAAGCUACGAUAUUAUCGUGGUAACUGGAUAGCCAUUGUAUCACUGGUGUGCGAAUUAUCUGAAAACAAAGGCAAAUUCAAAGUUGUGACGGAUCUAGAGUCUGGAGACAUGGAAUUUAAUCUGUCCCAUAAGUGUGCAUGCCCGAAUAAGUGUGUAAUCAGUCCUACAACGAAACCGAGAACUACAGCUGCCCCUGCAGAUGAUGAAGGCAUUGUAGUUCCUGUGGUCGCUAGUGUCGCUGGUGCCAUCUGUCUAUUUGCUGUUCCUUACAUUAUCUGGCGACUUGUCAGACAGCCUCCCAACGACGUUCCACCGGCACCGGCAGGGGCACCAGCACCGGCAGGGGCACCAGCACCGGCAGGGGCACCAGCACCGGCAGGGGCACCAGCACCGGCAGGGGCACCGGAACCGGCACCGCUUCACGAUCAGAUAUGCAACCCGCUUUUGGGUGAAAACCUUCGAACUGAUUAUGGUGCAGUUGGUGGAAUUGAUAACCCAUCCAGUGCAAGUGAACCCCCGUCGGGAAGUGAGUCUUCUAGUUCAACAAAGCCCGCGUCAACGAGCUCAUCAUCGUGUAGUGAUAUCAGAGUGUCUUCUAAAGAAAGUUCUAAAAACGAAAACAGGUCAUAUGUCUGUUGAGGAAGGCACGUUGAUGAGUUCAGCAGCCGCUCACCGUUCAGACUAUAGGAAAUUAUUUGGUUCCUUGCGAGCUGGCGGAGGCAAUUAGAUGGCGAAAGAUUCUGAUCAUGUAAUUGAGCAGUUGAUACUGGUAUUAAAAACAAUUAAAAACAUAGCUUUAAUUUGAGAAUGAAACGUUUAGAAUCGCUUCCAGCCAUGAGACAACGCAAGGCUAGUUUGUUUAUUCACUCUAAAACAAAUUAAAGGCGAAAAAAAGAUUUAUUUGCGUAAGAAUGGAGUAUAUUUCAUUAAUCUCAUUAGGGGGCAACAACUCUCAUUGCUAGCUAGAAGACAUCAAAUCAGAAAGUUAAGAAUGGAAAGAAAAACAUAAUCCAAAGAAAGAACGAAGAGGACCCCCCUAAUAAAAAAGAAAGAAACAAGAGAGAUUUUUUGUUUGAUGAAGUUUAUAUUAACGAUUCAAUGGUGGUUACUCAGACCCACACGUUUGUCUUCUGAUGUACUUUAAAGUUACAGAAUGAAUGGAGAAAAGGGUUUGUAAUGACUUGUACAGGAUAAGUUGAGAAAUUUUAACUUAAUUUCUUUCAAAUGACAAACUUUAGUUCUAGGACCUAUAAAUAAAUAAUGUUUUUGCACAAA